UGAUAAGAUUACGCUGCCCUGUUAUCUCUGGAGCUGGCAGGAGCGCCGGAGUAUGCCCUAGAUUAACAGUGAGAUACCAUUAGUGGUGAGGUGCAGGAAGCAACCUGUGUGUCUCCUGAACUGUGAGGACGGCCGCGCAUACAUCAACAGGCAGCGUGACCACCACCCUCCCGAGCAUCUGGGCGAGGAGCUGUGCCAGUGGCAUCAUAAUCUCCCACGGGAGACGGCAAGAUGUCUAAGCAAGAGAAGAGUCCCACUUCCUUCAUGCAAUGGGCGCCCCCUCCGCCAGCCAGGGUCUCCUCCAUGCACAUGGCGACUGAGAGGACGGUGGCCAGCAAGCCGCUCCCGAAGACCCCGGAGCCUCAGCGACGCAUCAUUCCCAGGAUAAAGAACCGUCGACGCAACAAGACGCUGCCCAACAUCUCCCUCCCCACCAACGUCAUGCACGUCAUCCACGUCUACUUCAACCCCGUCACCGGGGACCUGGAGGGGUUACCGGACACAAUGAAGGAGAUGCUGGAGUCGUCGGCCAUCACCAAGGAAGAGAAGCAGAGGAACCCAGAAGCCGUGUACCAGGCCUUGCGGUACAUGCAGAACCCGCCCACCUACACCGACAAGUACAUGACGCAACACGAAGAUGCCGACUACGACGACCUCCCGCCGCCCCGACCAGUCUUCCCGCAGUCUCAGACACCGUCCCCGCCCCUGCCGACCAUCAGGGAGUCCAAGGAGUUCCCUCAAGCCUUGAAAGUGGCGACGGAUUCCCGCGACCCGCCGCCGCCUCCAGUACCCGCCAGACCAGAGAGAACGAAGUCUAUCUACACGAAGCCCGCAGACCAGACUGACGGCCUGCCAGCUCCCUCCAGGCCCCUAAGUGCGGGGGAGGUGGUGGUGGCGGAGGUCGGCCGGCAAGAGACCCCGGCCAAGGCCAACAAGCGGGAACAGUUGGCUGAGACGCUGACCAAACUUCGUCAGCUGGUGAAUGUGGGUGACCCAAGACUGAGGUACAACCUCAUGAGUAAGAUUGGCCAGGGGGCGUCAGGCGCGGUGCACACGGCUAUGGACGUGAAGACCGGGGCUCUGGUGGCGGUCAAACAGAUGGCCCUCCUGAAGCAGCCUCGUCCCGCUCUCAUCAUCAACGAGAUCCUCGUCAUGAGAUGCAGUCAGCAUCCCAACAUCGUCAAUUAUAUCGACUCUUAUCUCGUUAACGACGAACUCUGGGUGAUCAUGGAGUACCUAGAAGGCGGCCCCCUUACCAACGUCGUCACCGAGACCUGCAUGGAAGAAGGACAUAUCGCUGCUCUCUGCAGGGAAGUGCUUCAGGCGUUGGAGUUUCUACACGAGAGGAGCGUAAUCCACCGAGAUAUUAAAUCAGACAAUGUUCUCCUAGGCAUGCACGGUGAAAUAAAAAUAACGGACUUCGGGUUCUGCGCUCAGCUCUCGCAGGAGAGAACACAGAGGACCACGAUGGUGGGAACGCCCUAUUGGAUGGCCCCGGAGCUCGUCAGUCAGAAACAGUACGGGCCUAAGAUCGAUAUUUGGUCUCUUGGCAUCAUGGCUAUUGAAAUGCUCGAUGGAGAACCGCCGUAUAUGAAGGAGGACCCGGUCAGGGCCCUCUACCUCAUCACCGCCAAUGGCAAGCCCGAGAUCAAGCAGCGGGACACGCUGUCGCCGCCCUUCAAGGACUUCCUCGACAAGUGCCUCGAAGUAGAUGUUCCCAAGAGACCCUCGGCCAAGAAACUCCUUCAACACCCGUUCCUGAAGAUGGCGGUGCCGCUCGUGUCCCUGCGGCCACUCAUCAAGGCCGCCAAGGACGCUCUGGGGCUCCACUCUGACUCCAACUUCGUGUAACCAACGGGCCGGACCUCGAACUCCUGGAAGGUGAAGGCGACAAAGUCCAGCAGAUGGGUUUUGUUAGUAGGGUCGGGAGCGCCUCUCUCAGGGGGCGCCUCUCUCAAGGGGGCGCCUCUCUCAAGGGGCGCCUCUCUCAUGGGUGCCUCUCCGGGAAAAACUGAGUCAUCGUAGAGAUUCUCCCGAUAUCGUAGAGAUCCUCCAGUCAUCGUAGAGAUCCUCCUGAUAUCGUAGAGAUCCUCCAGUCAUCGUAGAGAUCCUCCAGUCAUCGUAGAGAUCCUCCCGAUAUCGUAGAGAUCCUCCAGUCAUCGUAGAGAUCCUCCAGUCAUCGUAGAGAUCCUCCCGAUAUCGUAGAGAUCCUCCCGAUAUCGUAGAGAUCCUCCAGUCAUCGUAGAGAUCCUCCAGUUAUCGUAGAGAUCCUCCAGUCAUCGCAGAGAUCCUCCCGACAUCGUAGAGAUCCUCCAGUCAUCAUAGAGGUGCUCAAGUCAUCGUAGAAGUGCUCAAGUCAUCGUUGAAUUGAAUAUAAAAUAAUUGUAAAACGCCAA